UUGGCGGGAGUUUCGGAAGCUGCGCUGGCGGAGCAAACGGGGGGCGGCGCACAAGAUCCGGAUCGGGACCCGGAAGGAGCGGCCGCGGCGGCUGCGGGCAUUCGUGGUUGACCCGGGGCUGCGAAGAGAGUGGCUUUUGGCUUGUGUUUCGGAAGCGGAGGCUCUGAGCUGGACGGGCGUCGCUCUGAGGGUUUUCCACCCAGAAUGACUUCAGUGUCUAGAUCAGAGACUGUUCGAGAGCUAGAAGAGGAACCAGUGAUGUCUAAGACUCACGAUCAUCGGUUGAAAUCAAGUCCCAACCUUAUGGAAGUGUGUGCUAAAUCGCCUGCCUCCCUGGAGAUGACUCAGAAUGUUUCAAAGGAAAGAAUUCACCUUGGCUCUAGUCCUCAAAAAGGGGGAAGUUGUGAUCUCAGCCACCAGGAAGGACUUCAGUCCAGGUCCCUUCAUUUGUCCCCCCAAGAACAAUCUAUCCAUCAUCAAGGCAGAAGGCAAUCCUGGCGGCGUGCAAGUAUGAAAGGAAUGAACCGGCGGAAGUCCCUGCCUCCCUUUCACCAGGGCAUCACAGCGCUCAGCAGAUCCAUCAGUGUCAACUUAGCAGAAAGUAAGCGGCUUGGCGCCCUCCUGCUUUCCAGCUUCCAGUUCUCUGUUCAGAAACUGGAACCUUUCCUAAGGGACACUGAGGGCUUCAGUCUUGAAAGUUUUAGAGCCAAAGCGUCUUCUCUUUCUGAAGAAUUAAAACAUUUUGCAGACAAACUGGAAAGUGAUGGAACUCUACAAAAAUGCUUUGAAAAGUCAAAAGGAAAAGAAUUAGAUUUGUCUCUGGAAGCAUCAGUGGCGGAGAUGAAGGAAUAUAUAGCAAAAUUUUCUUUAGAACGUCAGGCUUGGGAUCACCUCUUGCUGCAUUACCAGAAGGAGGCUGAAGAGAUAUCCAGGUAGCGUAUGAUCAGGAACCGAUGGUACGGGAAGAAGACGUCCCAAGCUGCGCUGAAGGCAUUAGUGAAAAACAAGGCUCCAGGAAUUGAUGGAGUAUCGAGAUGUUUCAACAAAUGGUUGUAGCGCUGGACGCGCUCACUCAUCUAUGACAAGAAAUUUGGAAGAUAAGUACUUGGCCAACCACCUGAAAGAGACCCAUGUUUAUGCCUAUUUCGAAGAAAGGUGAUCCAGCCAAAUGAGGAAGUUCUCAACCAAUAUCAUUAGCAUCACAUGCAAGUAAAAUUUUGCUGAAGAUCAUACAAAAGCGGCUGUAGCAGUGUAUUGGCAGGGAACUGCCAGAAAUUCAGGCUGGUAUCAGAAGAGGAUGUGGAACCAGGGAUAUCAUUGCUGAUGUCAGAUGUAUCCUGCCUGAAAGCAGAGAAUACCGGAAGGAUGUUUACCUGUGUUUUAUUGAGUAUGCAAAAGCAUUCAACUGUGUGGAUCAGAACAAAUUAUGGAUAACAUUGUAAAGAACAGGAGUUCCAGAACACUUAUUCGUGCUCAUGAGGAACCUGUACAUAGAUCCAGACGCAGUUGUUCGGACAGAACAAGGGGCUACUUUUUGGUUUAAAGUCAGAAAAGGUGUGCAUCAGGGUUGUACCCUUUCACCAUAUUUAUUCAGUCUGUAUGCUGAGCAGAUAAUCUUAGAAGCUGCACUAUAUAAAGAACCGCACAUCAGGAUUGGAGGAAGGCUCAUUAACAACCGGCGUUAUGCAGAUGACAUAACUUGCUUGCCGAACGUGAAGAGGACUUGAAGCACUUAACUGAUGAAGAUCGAAGACCACAGCCUUCAGUAUGGAUUACACCUCAGCAUAAAGAAAACAAAAGUCCUCACAACUGGACCAGUAAGCCACAUCAUGAUAAAUGGAGAAGAGAUUGAAUUUGUCAAAGAUUUCCUUUUACUUGGAUCAACAAUCAACAGCCAUGGAAGCAGCAGUCAAGAAAUCAAAAGAUGCAUUGCAUUGGGUAAAUCUGCAAAGGACCUCUUUGAAGUGUUGAAAAGCAAAGAUUUUACCUUGAAGAGUAAGGUGCCCCUGACCCAAGCCAUGUAUUUUCAGUCACAUCAUAUGCAUGUGAAAGCUGGACUUCGAAGAAUUGACACCUUUGAAUUGUUAUGUUGGCAAAGAAUAUUGGAUAUGUCAGGGACUGCCAAAAGAGCAAACAAAUCUGUCUUGGAAGAAGUACAACCAGAAUGCUCCUUAGAAGUAAGGAUGGCGAGGCUGGGUCUUACAUACUUGGACAUGUUAGGAGGGAUCAGUCCCUGCAGAAGGACCUCAUGCUUCGUAAAGUACAGGAUCAGCAGAAAAGAGGAAGACCCUCAAUGAAGUGAAUUGACUGAGUGGCUGCAACAAUGGGCUGAAGCAUAACGAUUGUAAGGAUGGCGCAGGACUGGGCAGUGUUUUGUUCUGUGGUGCAUAGUGUCGCUAUGAAUCAGAACCGACUCGACGCCACCUAACAACAACAACCUUUUGUAUGUGUACAAUUCAUUUGACACUGCAGUAAUUACAUUCAUUUACCAUGCUGUGCAGCCAUCACCGGUCUGUUUCCAAGUUUUUCAUCACCCUUAACAGGGACCCAGUGCCCCUGUCCCUAUCUCCUCCUUGCUGCUGAUAACCACUAAUAAACUUUGAUGUCUAUGCAUUUGUCUGUUUUAGAUAUUUCAAAUAUGUAAGAUCAUAGAAUAUUUGUGUCUGACUUCUUUCAUUCAGCAUACUGUUUUCAGGGUCCAUCCAUGUCAUAAUGUGUAUCACAACUUCAUUUCUCUUAAUGGUUAAAUAUUAUUCCAUUGUGUGGAUAUAUACCACGUUUUGUUUAUCUGUUCAUAUGUUGAUGGGCGUGUGGUUUGUUUUCACCUUUUGGUUAUUGUGAAUAAUGCUGCAGUGAAUAUUGGUAUUCAAGUAUCUGUUUGUGUUCCUGUUUUCAAGUCUUUUGGGUGUAUACCUAGGAGUGGAAUUGCUGGAUAGUGCGGGUGGUAGUUCUAUGUUCAACUUUUUAAUGAACUGCCAAAAUGUUUUCCACAGUGUCUGCACCAUUUACAGUCUUAGCAGCAGUGGUUAAGGGUUCUGAUUUUUCUACAUCCUUGGCAAAACUUGCAAUUUUUCAUUUUUCUGAUAAUAGCCAUCUUAGUGGGUGUGAAGUGGUGUAGUAUCUCAAAGUAGUUUCGAUUUGCAUUUCCCUAAUGACUAAUGACAUUGAGCAUCUUUUCAUGUGCUUGCUGACUAUUUGUGUAUCUUUGGUGAAAUGUCUAUUCAAGUCCUUAGCCCAUUUUUUGAUUAGGUUGUUUGUCUUUUUGUUGUUUAGUUGUAGGAUUUUUUUAUAAACUUUGCAUAUUUAAACCCUUAUCACAUGUACGGUUCCCUAGUAGUUUCUCCCAUUCAAUAGUCUCUUCACUUUGUUGAUUAGGUCCUUUGAUACAUAAAAGCUUUUCAUUUUUAUGAAGUUCAGUUUACCUGUUUUGUUUUUAGUUGCUUGUGCUUUUGUCCUCAUAUCUAAGAAUCCUUUGUCAAAACUAGGUCCCGAAGCAUUACUCCUAUGUUUUGUUCUAAGAGUGCAGACGGUUAACAAACUUGGCUGCUACCUGACAGAUUGGAGUCCACUCCUUGGAAGAAAGGCUUGGAGAUCCGCUGUCCAAAAAUCAGCCGUUGAAAACCCUGUAGAAGCACAUGGGGUUGCUGUGAGUCACAGUAGACUCAGAGGAACGAGUUUGGCUUUUUUAAAGAGUUUUAUGGUUUCAUUCUUUCAUUAAGGUCAUUGAUCCAUUUUGAGUUAAUCUUCAUAUAUGGUGUGAGGUAUGCAUCUUGCUUCAUUCUUUGGUAUGGGGAGAUUCAGUUGUCCCAGCACAAUUUAUUGAAGAGACUAUUUACCCAUUGAAUAGACUUAUCACCCUUGUUGAAAAUCAAUUGACUAUAGAUAUAUGGGUUUAUUUCUUGACUCUGUUCUAUUCCAUUGAUCUAUAUGUCCAUCAUCAUACCUGUACCAGACUGUUUUGAUUACUGUAGCUUUGUAGUAAGUUUUGAAUCGGGAAGUAUGAGACCUUCUACUUUGUUCUUCUUUUCCAAGGUUGCUUUGAUUAUUUGGGGCCUCUUGCAAUUCCAUAUAAAUUUGUUGAUUGUAGUUUCCAUUUUUGCAAAGAAGGCUAUUGGAAUUUUGACAGGGAUUGAAUUGCAUCAAAUUGCUUUGGGUAGUAUUGUCAUUUCAAUAUUAAGCCUUUCGGUCCAUUAACACAAAAUGUCUUUCCAUUUAUUUAAACCAAAAAACCCACUGCCGUCGAGUCGAUUCCGAUUCAUAGCGACCCUAUAAGGCUAUGAGUCGGAAUAGAUUUGACGGCAGUCCAUUUAUUUAGGUCUUCUUUAAUUUCUUUCAACAGUGUUUUAUAGUUUCAGUGUACAAGCCUUUCUUUCACCUCCCUGGCUAAAUUUAUUCGUAGGUAUUUUAUUUUUUUAGAUCCUAUUGUACAUGGAAUUGUUUUCUUAGUUUCCUUUUCAGAUUGCUCAUUGCUGGUGUAUAGAAACCCAACUGAUUUUUGUGUGUUAAUCUUAUACCCUGCAACUUUGCUGAAUUCAUCUAUUAGCUCUGGUAGGUUUCUUGUGGUUUUUUAUAUAUAGGAUCAUGUCAUCUGUGAAAAGGAAUAGUUUUACUUCUUCCUUCCCAAUUUAGAUGUCUUUCAUUUCUUUUUCUUCCAAAUUGCUCCGGCUAGGACUUUAUCAUGGAUCAAAUUGUGUCCCCCAAAAAUGUGAGGCAACUUGGCUAGGCCAUGUUUCCCAGUAUUGUGUGGUUGUCCACCUUUUUGUCAUCUGAUAUGAUUUCCCUAAGGGUUAUAAAUCCUAGCCUGUAUGAUGUUAAUGAGGUAGGGUUAGAGAGUUAUGUUAAUGAGGUAGGACUCAAUCUAUAAGAUUAGGUUGUAUUUUGACUCAAUCUCUUUUGAGAUAUAAAAGAGAGAAAUGAGCAGCCAGGAGAGGGACUUCCUACCACCAAGAAUGAAGAACCAGGAGGGGAGUGUGUCCUUUGGACGUGGAGUCCCUGUGCUGAGAAGCUCCUAGACCAAGGAAAGAUUGAUGACAAGACCUUUUCCUAGAGCCAACAGAGAAAGAAAGCUUUCCCCUGGAGCUGGCACCCUGAAUUUGCACUUCUAGCCUCCUAGACUGUGAGAGAAUAAAUUUCUGUUGGUUAAAGCCAUCUACUUGUGGUAUUUCUGUUACAGCAGCACUAGAUAACUAAGACAGACUUCCAGGACCAAUACUGAAUAGCAGUGGUGAGAGUGGGCUUCCUUGUCUUGUUCCUGCUUUUUAGGGGAAAGGUCUUAGUCUUUUCAUCAUUGAAUGUUGUGUUAGCCAGCUUUAUUUUUUGGUUAAAGAUUAUAGACACUACACCUACGCUCAUCCAAAGACUUCACCAAAAGAGUGAAAAGAUUACCCACAGACUGGGAAAGAAUUUUUAGCUAUGACAUUUCCAGUCAGCGCCUGAUCUCUAAAAUCUACAUGAUAUUGCAAAAACUCAACUACAGAAAGACAAAUAACCCAAUUAAAAAAUGGGCAAAAGAUAUGAACAGGCCCUUCACUAAAGAAGACAUUCAGGCAGCUACCAGAUACAUGAGGAAAUGCUCACGAACGGUAGCCAUUAGAGAAAUGCAAAUCAAAACUACAAUGAGAUUCCAUCUCACUCCAACAAGGCUGACAUUAAUCCAAAAAACACCAAAUAAUAAAUUUUGGAGAAGUUGUGGAGAGACUGGAACACUUAUACACUGCUGGUGAGAAUGUAAAAUGGUACAACCAUUUUGGAAAUCGAUUUGGCGCUUCCUUAAAAAGCUGGAAAUAAAACUACCAUACAACCCAGCAGUCCCACUCCUUGGAAUAUAUGCUAGAGAAAUAAGAACCUUUACAUGAACAGAUAUAUGCACACCCGUGUUCAUUGCAGCACUGUUUACAAUAGCAAAAAGAUGGAAGCAACCAAGGUGCCCAUCAAUGGAUGAAUGGAUAAAUAAAUUAUGGUAUAUUCACACGAUGGUAUACUACGCAUCGUUAAAGAACAGUGAUGAAUCUGCGAAACAUUUCAUAACUUGGAGGAAUCUGGAAGGCAUUAUGCUAAGUGAAAUUAGGCAGUUGCAAAAGGAUAAAUACUGUAUAAGACCACUUUUAUAAGAACUGAAGAAAUAGUUUAAACAGAGAAGAAAAUAUUCUUUGAUGGUUACAAGAGUAGGGAGAGAGGGAGAGGGAUAUUCACUAAUUAGAUAGAAGAUAAGGACUACUUUAGAUGAAAGGAAAGACAACAGUAUAGGAGAGGUCAGCACAACUGGACUAAACCAAAAGCAAAGAAGUUUCCUGAAUAAACUGAAUGCUUUGAUGGCCAGUGUAGCAGGGGCAGGGGUUUGGGGACCAUGGUUUCAGGGGACAUCUAAGUCAAUUGGCAUAAUAAAAUCUAUUAAGAAAACAUUCUGCAUCCCACUUGGAAGAGUGGCGUCUGGGGUCUUAAACGCUAGCAAGCGGCCAUCUAAGAUGCAUCAGUUGGUCUCAACCCACCUGGAGCAAAGGCAAAUGAAGAACACCAAGGAUACAAGGUAAUUAUGAGCCCAAGAGAUAGAAAGGGCCACAUAAACCAGAGACUACAUCAGCCUGAGACCAGAAGAACUACAACCGGCUACAACCAAUGACUGCCCUGACAGGGAAUGCAACAGAGAACCCCUGAGGGAGCAGGAGAGCAGUGGGAUGCAGACCCCAAAUUCUCAUAAAAAGACCAGACUUAAUGGUCUGACUGAGACUUGAAGGACCCUGGUGGUCAUGGCCCCCAGACCUUCUUUUAGCCCAAGACUUCAACCAUUUCCAAAGCUGGCUCUUCAGACAGGGAUUGCACUGGACAAUGGGUUUCAAAAAGAUGAGCUUCUUGGAUCAAGUAGACACUUGAGACUAUGUUGGCAUCUCCUGUCUGGAGGGGAGAUGAGAGGGCAGAGGGGGUCAGAAGCUGGCGGAAUGGAAACAAAAAGAGAGAGUGGAGGGAAGGAGCCAGCUCUCUCAUUAAGGGGAGAGCAAUUAGGAGUAUAUGGCCAGGUGCAUAUAAAUUUUUGUAUGAGAGACUUGAUUUGUAAACUUUCACUUAAAGCACAAUGAAAAUUAAAAAGAAAAAAGAUUAUAGACACCGACUUAAAGAUAUCAAGCCUUGGCUUCGUUUUGCCCCAGAUAUAGUCCUUUUUAUACCUGGACCGUACUGCUAGGUGGAGUCAUCUGGCCUGAAUUUCAGGUGACCUCGUCAAGUGACCAGGAUUUUCAGGAGUCCAGUGGUAUAAAAACAUUAAUACUGGCCAAUCAUUUCAGAACCUUUUAAGAGAGGCGAUACCUAUAGUGGAGCCCUGGUGGCUCAGUGGUUAAGAGUUCAGCUGCCAACCAAAAGAUGAGCAAUUCAAACCUACCAGUCAGUCACUCCUUAGAAACCCUGUGGGGCAGCUCUACUCUGUCCUACAGGGUGGCUAGGAGUUGGUAUACCUACUGUAGAAUGAAUAUUGAUUCAAGUUAAUAAAACCUCAUAGGAGGUUUUUUCCAAGAUUGUCUUUGGUCUGCCCUCCCCAGAAAAUGUUUAUAAAUUCCUCGAUAGCU